AACGCCUCCUCCUCACACAUUCCAGCCUUGAAGUUUGCCCGCAUUCGUAACUCCUCGCAGUCUAGCUUGUUCACCUGCGCUCAAUUCCCCGAUUGGAGUGAUCCGUGACUCACCCCAUCCCCCCCAACAGCCAUGGCUGCCAUCGCCUCUGCAUCCUGCGCUACCGCUGCUACCCGCCUUGCGACCACAUCGCUUGCCUCUUCUAGCUCUGGCUUCGCAGCCACUCUGAAGCCUGUCGCUGGUCUCCCCGCUCUGCGCAUGCCCAAGGUUGUUUGCGCGGCUGAGAGGUCGGAGUCCAAGGCGGAGCGUGUCAAUGGCGUCGCUCAGCUCGCUGCAGCUGUGACAUCCGCGGCUACCCUUGCUUACUCUCACCCCGUGCUGGCUCUCGUGGACGAGAGGCUAAGCACUGAAGGAACAGGUUUGGGUCUCGGUAUCAGCAACACCAAGUUGACAUGGAUCUUGGUCGGCGUGACUGCCCUUAUCUGGACAUUGUACUUCACUUACUCCUCGACGUUGCCAGAGGGUGACGACGACUCCGGUUUGGACCUGUAGAUCCAGGAAACAGGAAUUUUGUGUACCAUUUUGAGGUGUAGUGUUAAUUGUUCCAAUUAGCCGGUGUGGACUUUGAAUGGUCUUUCCCUGCAGGGCAGUGAGUUCGUGGUAGCGAAGUUGUCUCCUGUGGAACUGGAUCCUGAUGAGAAGUGUUGAAUUUCAUUCAUUUUUGUCUACAGCAGUGUGUACGUUCUGCUUCUGCGCUGAGCUUGAAUUCUCUUUGGUCUAGUUAGGCAGAUUGUAACUUAAAGGUUGUGGUUACGAAACGAUCCUGAUAGGGGAUUCUAUGUGUAAUAUGUCUCUUUCUUGUGUUAUGCAUCGUGGCUGAACAAGUAAAUCAUCGCCAGAUGUUUGGAUUA